AACUGUACAAAGGACUUUGCUACAAACAAAAUUCGUUUAGUUCAGUUAACAUGAAAGGAUAUAUAGGAGUUGUCUUUGCGUUGUACAUUGCCUGUUCUGUUGCGACACAGCAAUGUUCCAAAUAUCACUAUGAGGAACAAAUUUUAUCAAAAGUAGUCCGACUGGAACACAGGCUAGACAUACUGGAAGAAAAACUCAGUAAAGAAGACAACAACAAAGACAUGGAUAACCAACUUGAAGAUAAAGCGUGCACACAAUGUCCAGAUGGAUGGAUCCAAUACGCCGGUUCUUGUUACAUGAUUAUGGAGGAAAAACUUUCCUUUGAUGAGGCACGAGCCAGUUGUCUGAAACUUAAUGCUGAUUUAGUCCAUAUAGAAAACGCAAGAGAGAACACGUUCCUUAGAAACCAUCUUAGAACAUUAAAAGGUACUGCUUUUUGGAUUGGACUCACAGAUACGGACACAGAAGGUGUCUUCAAAUGGGUCGACGACAACUCAAAGGCAUCUUUUACGGAUUGGGAUGGAGGUCAGCCUGAUGAUUACGGGAGUAGGGAAGAUUGUGCACAAUUUUAUGCGGAUUAUGAUCUAAAAUGGAAUGACGGAAGAUGUUUUGCUAUUUUACAAUCAAUUUGUGAAAUGAAAGUCAAAGUUUAAAGAAAAUAAAAUGCUCGGAAAUCGUAUAAUCUCAAUAACCCAAAAUCGAGUAACAAAUAAAUAACUUGUUCAGUUAA